AUGGAGACACGUGGUCCGGCGGGGGCGCAUGUAUUUUCUAAGGGCGAGGUAAAAUCACCCACUGGGCGGCGGAAAAAUAACCCGCAGAGCCCUACCACAGGAGCGGCGCAGGAGCAUCGUGUCAUGAACCGUCCGCUUUACCGUGGCCCGGUCUCACACAACGUCAUUUCAGAGCUGGCGGAGGGCUUUCAUCAGUUGGGCGGCGGCCAGAAAAGGCGCAUCAUUCCAGCGAAUCUCAUCCAUGAAACCAUGACGAACGUUGGCAUGCAUCUGACAGCAGAGGAGUUUCAGGAUGUUCUCCGGGUGAUAGGGCAGAGUGAUCCGCAGAAUGCGGGUGAGCUGAACUUCAGUGAUUUUAUUUUGCUGAUGACACGGGAGGUGGACGACACGAUGGGGGAAGAGCUCCGUUCCGCUUUCCACUACUACGACAAGCAGCAAACCGGGUUUGUCACGCGGAAGCAAUUCACAGAGCUCUUUGCCACCUUCGGGGAGCGGUCGCCGCCGGAGGAGUUGGAGGAGCUUCUCUACCUUGCUGAGUCGGAUGAAGUAGAAGAAAAAAUCGACUACAACCGGUUUGUGAGAGAGUUGACCUCCCGUGUAAACAACAUAUAG